AUUCUGUUCCCAGCAUGGAGACCAAUCACCCUGUACCACUCUCAGGGAAACCACAGUCAACACCUCCUCCACAGGACAGUUCCUCAUUACCGGGUCUAAGUGGUCUGGAAAAGCAGGAUGAUCGGGGUUCCUCACCCCCUGGGCAGCCACCAGAGAAGGAGGCAGGAGUGCAGCCUGACCAGGGAGCUCCGGACAUCUCCGAAGAGCUGAAUCGGCAACUAGAGGACAUCAUCAGCACAUACGGGCCGGCUGCCAGCUUGGGGGGCUCUGCCCAGGCCAAGGAGCAGCCUGAGAACCCAAAUCCACCGGACAAUGAGGACGGGGACUGUGAGGAGGUCACUGAAGAGCCUGAGAGAGAACCCAUGGCUGCUGGCGAGUCCACCACAGCCAAGGAGGCUGCCAGCAGUAAAGAGCAAAAAUUGGAGAAAAAAAUCCUAAAAGGAUUAGGCAAAGAAGCCAACCUGCUAAUGCAAAAUUUGAGCAAGUUGCAGACACCUGAAGAAAAGCUUGAUUUUUUAUUCAAGAAGUAUGCUGAACUGCUGGAUGAACAUCGCACUGAGCAAAAGAAGCUAAAACUCCUUCAGAAGAGACAGGUACAAAUCCAGAAAGAAAAAGACCAGCUACAAAGUGAACACAGCAGGGCUGUGCUGGCUCGCAGCAAGCUGGAGAGUCUGUGCCGGGAGCUGCAAAGGCACAACAAGACCCUGAAGGAGGAAACCCUUCAGCGGGCACGGGAGGAAGAAGAGAAAAGGAAGGAGAUCACCAGUCAUUUCCAGAGCACCCUGACAGAGAUCCAGGCCCAGAUUGAGCAGCAGAGUGAGCGCAACAUGAAGCUGUGUCAGGAGAACACAGACCUCGCAGAGAAACUGAAGAGCAUCAUCGAUCAGUACGAGCUCAGGGAGGAGCAUCUGGACAAAAUAUUUAAGCACCGAGAACUGCAACAGAAGCUGGUGGAUGCGAAACUAGAGGAGGCUCAAGAAAUGAUGAAAGAAGCUGAGGAGCGACACGCUCGCGAAAAGGAAUAUUUGCUGAACCAGGCAGCAGAAUGGAAACUACAGGCCCAAGUGCUAAAGGAACAAGAGACAGUCCUGCAGACUCAGCUUACUCUCUACUCUGGAAGGUUUGAAGAAUUUCAGGGCACGCUGUCAAAAAGCAAUGAGGUGUUUGCUACUUUCAAACAGGAAAUGGAUAAAACAACUAAGAAAAUGAAGAAGCUAGAGAAGGACACAGCCACAUGGAAAGCCCGGUUUGAGAACUGCAACAAAGCUCUGCUGGACAUGAUUGAGGAGAAAGCGUUGAGAGCUAAAGAAUAUGAGUGCUUCGUGAUGAAGAUUGGGAGGCUAGAAAACCUCUGCCGAGCUUUACAGCAAGAGAGAAAUGAACUCUACAAAAAAAUUAGAGAAGCAAAUUUGCCUGAACAGGACGACCAAAGUCAGCACACCUCCGACGAAGAGCCAGAGUCCACGGUCCCUGUGGGUGAAGAGGUUGAUAUGGAGGAAGCCAGCAGUGUCCACAAUGCUGUAAAAAGCCUGGCCACAGCAUUCAUGGUGAUUCAGUGUCCAGAGCCUACCCCAGGCCAAUCCAAAGACCUCCAGCCAGAACUCUGCAGUCUUCCAGGGGGCGGUGACUCUGCCAUCAGGAAGCAGGAACAACCCCCUCUGAGCCCUUCUUACCAUUCAGAGAGUUUCUUCUCUCCCCCAACUUCUCAGGCUGAGAGUCCAGGAGGUAAUGAGGCAGCAUGUCCUCCCAAGGUCAGUAACUCCCCAGAGGAGUCCCAAGGAGAAGCCCAUGGCCAGGCUCUCCUCUCUCAGGCACAGGCUGCUCAGUCACCCCAAAAGCCAGAGGCAGAAGCUACCAGUCCAACCCCACAGUCUCCAGCCAAGGCCUCCCAACAGGUGAUGGAGGCAGCUGGUUCUGUCCUAACAGCCCUGGCAGGAGAGCAGGCUCCAUUUGGGGUGCCUGGAGGUGAGCUACAUAAGCAAACCCCAGCAGCAGCAGCAGCAUCCUCAGCUAGGCCCCAACUGCCCAAAGUGGCCAACACCCAUCUGGAAGGAGUAGACUAA